AUGUCUCCAUAUUUGGAGUUCGUUUUACUCCAUACCCUCCUGUUUUCAAAGAUCACCGCUGGCUCUAACGUCUGCCGCUCCAGUUUCCCAGAUACCAAUCACGUUCUCACUGGUCACGUGAUACGGACUCUAAACCACAAGACUUUUGAGAGCUGCACAUUUUCUUGCGAAAUUGAGCCGAAGUGUUUCAGUAUCAACUUCAUGCCAUCGCGAGGAACCUGUCAACUCAACAGAGUAACCAAGGAUUCUUUCCCUAAAGAUGUUAUGAAACAGAAGGGAGCAGUUUAUUUCGACAUGGUGAUCCGCCAGUAUCACCAUGAUCAUGAUACUUGUGAGAGUAUGCCCUGUAAAAAUGGAGGCACGUGUGUCAUGAGUCCGACUUUGAAUUGCAAUUGUCUUGAUGGUUACACUGGGCUUCGCUGUCAAAGUAAGAAAUUGGAAAGCUAGCACCAAUAGUAGAGAAUGAAAUAGCAUAAAAACCAGGAAGAUUGUACAAAAUUCUCGAUCGUGGUUGGUCAGCAAUAGACGGACACAACGCGUUAUUUGCGUGCGUUUUUAUGCGUCUGCUUUAUUUCUCUUACGCGUCACAGCUGACUUAGAAAAAGGUCUACUGUUAUGUUUUGACCGAUGAGACACGUUAUUUUCUUAGAAAAAAUUAGAUACCUACAUCUUCUUAACACUUGCAAGGACUGAAGCCCAAAACUUUGAUCCAUAUUCCUCAGUGUUUUCUUCAAUAGUUUGAUUAGCAUAGGUUCUUACUUUCCAUGACGUGUGAUGAUUAGAAAUCAACGUUGACGAAAGCAAGUGUCUUCUUUUUCAACAGACCUACAAGCGCUAGGAAUGGAAAACGGAGACAUACCUAAUGAGAAUAUAAAUGGCUCUUCGUCCUUGAGAGAUUAUGAAGCAUGGAAAGGACGCUUAAAUGGAAAAUCUUGCUGGAAACCUGCACAAAACUCAGAUGGUGAAUACAUUACAGUAAAGUUCGCGAGCAAAAAAACCGUAAUUGCCAUAGCAACACAAGGUAGCCCGGACGAUAAACUUUGGGUUCAAAGCUUCACCUACCAGUACUUUGCUGAUGCUUCUCUAAAUGACCCUAAUAAGGUAAAAUCUACAAACAUCGAUUGCACGGGCCAGGGUAGGCCUGAAAAGAUUUUUUUGUCGGUAACAAUGAAACACAAACAUUUUAGAAUGAUGAUGAUAUUAAAGUUCCAGUCCCUUCUCCUUUCUCGAACCUUCUCCAUGCGUGUGUGUGAUUCACGAUUUUUUUGGAGACGUCAAAUUUGCGAAAUCAACGUGUCGCAAAAAUUUCCUAUGAUAAGGUAUCUGAUAUCAAAAUCUUUCAGGCCAUGUUUCAGGCCUCCCUUAAUUUGCGGAGCUCAGCCAAUGAUUCGUUGCGCUGCAGUUAAGUUUUCAUUUUGUUUAAAUAGUGAUACUGUCAAUGUAUUGUAUGUUCACAGGUAUACCAAGCUAACAAGAACAACACUUCAAUUUUUAUACACAAGUUCUCACCAGCUCUCCAAAAUGUCGAGUGGAUCCGAAUUCAUCCACGAACUUCGCACAAGUAUAUGGCAUUGAGGCUGGAGGUGUACGGAUACUGA